UGUGACAACCUGUAGUUUGGUUAGGUUCAUGUUUUGUUUAUACCUGUGUAGAAAAAUGAGCUCAAAUUCAAAAAAUCAGUUAUCACAAGACGAGAAUAAAGCUCCUGAAGAUGUUUUCCAGCAACAGAAAAAUCUGGAUGAAAACAGCACCAAACUGGAGGAGAUACGGAACCAGUAUGAGUCCAAACUCAAACAGUUGUACUCGAUGAAGGCAGAGGAGACCAUACUCGAGCUCAACUUCGAAAGUUGGAAGCAAUUGUACCGGAAGCAGGAGGCGGAACUGACGGUCACGUUGGAUAGGGUCAAAUCCUCCAGGCAAAGUAUUUGGGAUGACCGAGAGCAACUUUGUGCGUUAUCGGGUGAGUUUGCCAAAGAGUCAUCGAUGGAAAAUUUCCUACGGGAAAUGAAUCGGGCUACCGAAACGGAGGACGUAAGUUCUAAAGCGGGUGCACUUGUCGUCGUCGAAAUGAGGAACGAAUCCAGCUUACUGGCAUUAGAAUUGGACGAAGUCGAGCUGGAAAUUGAGAAGGCAAAUGAAAGGGAGGAAGAGUUGAAUCGCAUGGAACAGGAGCAAAUGCCAGAAGAGGAAACGAUACGAAGAUUGCAGGAAACAGUGACUAGUUCGGUUCAUUAUAUAGAGGAGAUGGAGGAGGAAAUAAGAAGUAUCAAAGCUAAUUCGGAAGAAGUUGUUUACAACCAGGAAAGUGAGGUUAAGUCAAUAUUGAAGAAAACUACGUUUGUGACAUAUGACGCUGGCAAGAAGCAAGUACACUUUGAGUAAUUAUAUCAUCGAUGUAAU